AUGUCCAACACCGUAACAACCACCGUCUCCACCGGCGAGGCCGUGCGCCUCCCCCCGCCGACGAACAAGACCUCCUUAGAGCCAGCGCCCGUCUACGACGUCUCCAAGCUGUCCGAUGACCGCACGCAGACACUCCGCCGAUUACUCGAGCAAGGCCACGCGGCUGUAGCGCCGCUGCGCAAUCCGCAGCUCAUCCUGCACAGCCACCUGCCACAUCUUCUGGGCUCAGCGUACGCGCUGGGCGCCGAUGCCGAGCAGCUGACCAGGACGUACAAGCACGACAUCGAGACCUUGGUCAAGAUCGACGAGAGUUUCAUACGCGGCGACAAGGUCACCAGGGAGAACUGGAGGGAGUUCCUGGGGAAUAAGGAGUAUACGGUGGCGUACGUCGACUUUUUCGACGAUGAGGUGCGCAGAAACGGUGGGGAUUGGGAGAAGGUCGUCCACGAGUACCUCUACUCCGGAGCCGAGCCGCUCAUCAAUGGCUUUUGUGGCGGUCUCGGCCAUCCGUUCAUUCACCUCGCCUAUGGCUACGAGUUCCGCAUCCCCGAGGUCGUCACGCAGGCCUUGAGUCUCGGAUGCACCGAGUACGUCGUGUGCCACGGCCUGCUCGACAAUCCGCCUCCGAUCCCAUCGCCAUACAAGACCCGCAGCCUCGCCGAGGUCAUCCGGCGCGUGCAGAAGGACCCGCGCUUCGACGGCAUCGUCGAAUUCCCUGGCACCGUCAACUUCGGCACCGUGCUGCAGCACCGCUUCGAGGCCUUCAUGGAGCAUUGGAACGCCUGGGAAGUCACCGAUCCCGUCCAGCAGUUCGAGCAGUGCUGCGACCUGUCGGUUGUCUUGGCCAUCAGCCCCACCGAGUACGGCCCGGGGAAGUACGACUUCUUCUACGCCCACAUCAUGACUGUGGCCCACGCGCUGCGCAUCCUGUUCCACGAGUUCCCCGCCGACAGGCGCGUCUCGAUCCUGCGACAGUACGCCUUCUUCACCAUCCUGAUCUACAUCCUCCAGAACAGACUCUCCUUUGGGAUCGAGCGCAUCGAGUCCGUCGUCGUCGACACGGGCAGCGGAGGCCCCGGAAACUGGGACGCAAUCACCCAGCGCGCGCUCAAACACCGCUGGGCGCUGGACGACCACUUCUUCAAGGUCGUGCGAGCCAUCAAGGCGUUUGCCGAGACUUACGGCGACAAGGACGGCUUCUAUCUCAAGGCCGCCACCAAAUACGUGACGGACUUCAACGGCUGGGAGGGGUUUGGCGAGGGCAUCAUGGGCUUUCUGCCCAGUCGGGAUGGCUAUAUUCCUGCGUAA